AUGUCGCUUCAAACCCCCCGCAUCCUCCCAAGCCAUCUCAAUGCUUUUCACCCCUCCAGCUCAGGCCCACGCUCAACACACACCGUCCGCAUCCUCGGCACUGUAACGGGACUUCGUGGAGACCAAGCGACAAUCUCAUGUGGCAACAAUGGAGACGUGACACUUCUCUUGAAACCCGAUUCGCAUCUUCAAAUGGGAAAGCUUGUCGAGGUCGUGGGAAAGGUGACUGACUUGGAAGGUGGUCAGGGACUUGGUAUCAGAGUACUCGGCACAACAGACUGGGGCAAUCCUGCCGAUUGUGAUUAUAAGAUCUACGAGCAAGUUGUUGAGGCCACGCACCGAUUCAAAUCGAUCUUCUACGACGGCGAGUGA